ACUCAUCACGCAUGCGUGUUAGAAUCGUGGAGUUUUCAGGAGGCUUUUUGUCUGUGAGCAGAUGAGUCCUAGACCUGGCACAGUAGGUAGACUUAAGCAGCGGACGCUGAAGUCCGCGUUUUACCUGUGAAGCUUUCCUGGCGGCAACUUUUGCGACAAGUGUUGAGGAAGGUUCAGAGAUCGAAAAACCUAGUUUAAGAGCAGUAACAUUCUACGUGGCAGAUUCUUUCCGUGAAAACAUAUAGUGAACGUUAUCAGGUUAUGCCCAGGUUUUCAGAAUGAGAUUUCCAAAAAGAAGACGAGAAGCUGCAGUAGAAGAUGCGUCAGAGAUGUCUGCCCAGUUCCGAAAUCCCUUCGUACACGAGUUAAAAUUUACGCUUCUGCAAAAAAUCAAGAUUGCCCUGAUGACAGUGACGCUGCUCCCGUUCCGUCUGUCUCUGGCUGCCUUCUGGAUGCUGUUGGCCUGGCCCUUCGCCUUCGUGGCCACGGUGGGCCGCGCCGAUGACGUCGCGGAGCCGCUCAGCUGGUGGAGGUGGGUGGUGGACCUGGCUCUGAAGACCAUCAUGCGGGCCAUGUGGUUUUCCGGAGGGUUCCACUGGGUGCGGGUGAAGGGUCAGCCAGCUCUGCCCAGCGAGGCACCCAUUCUCACCCUGGCCCCUCACUCCUCCUACUUCGAUGCCAUUCCUGUCACCAUGACGAUGGCCUCCAUAGUCAUGAAGGCGGAGAGCAAGGAUAUUCCACUCUGGGGCACGCUCAUUAAGUUCAUCCGGCCAGUGUUUGUCUCGCGCUCUGACCCCGACUCUCGCAGGAAGACUGUUGAGGAGAUCAAGCGCAGGGCAUGUUCAGGAGGGGAGUGGCCACAGAUCAUGAUCUUCCCUGAGGGGACGUGCACCAAUAGAUCCUGUCUCAUCACAUUUAAGCCGGGUGCCUUCAUUCCCGGAGUGCCUGUUCAGCCUGUGGUGCUUCGUUAUCGUAAUGAAAUGGACACAAUCACGUGGACGUGGCAGGGGCCUGGAGCGUUUAAAAUCCUAUGGCUCACUCUAUGUCAGCUGAACAACCCCCUGGAAAUCGAGUACCUCCCAACCUAUACACCUUCAGAGGAAGAGAAGAGCGACCCUGCUCUGUUUGCCACCAAUGUGAGGAGGCUGAUGGCUGAAGCUCUGGACACGCCCGUCACCGACUACUCUUUCGAGGACUGUCAGCUCGCCAUGGUUCAGGGCCCGCUGCGGCUCCCGGGCAACACAUGCCUACUGGAGUUUGCGAGGCUGGCGCGCCGACUUGGACUGAAAGCAGGGCUCUCGGAGAAAGUCCUACAGGAACAGGGCAGCAGGGCGCGUAAGCUAUGGGGGGACAAGAUGGGACUGGCAGACUUCGCCCAGUGUAUCAACAUGCCUGUGACGGACAUGCUUCAAGACAUGUUUGACAUGAUUGAUGAGCAUGGUUCCGGUCAGGUGGACCUCAGGGAGUACGUGAUCGCCUUAUCAAUGGUCCACAGACCCUUUAAAGGUCUGGAGACAAUUAAACUGGGUUUUAGGAUGUUUGAGGCGGAGGAGGACGGAGGCGUGGCCGAGGACGACCUGUCAGUCAUCCUCAGGACCACCCUGGGCCUGUCGGAGCUGAGGACCUCACACAUGUUCAGAGUCCUGGACACGGCGCAUAAAGGAAGGGUCACAUUCGAGGAGUUUGAGCAGUUUGUGGAGCGCUGUCCAGACUUUGUGGAUCGGUACCUCCUCAGCUCCGGGUCGUGCCGGCCCAGCAGUACCGUGAUUACAGCGCCCCCUGUGUCCAGCAACGGUUUCUGCACAGACUUCUGCCCCCAUGAUCAGCAGAGUCACACGCACAACCACGGUCCAGUAGGCGACAAGAAAGUCAACUAGGCUGCUCUCUCUACACUGUGUGUGUGUGUGUGUGUGUGUAUGAGUGUGUGUGUGUGUGUGUAUGUGUGUUCCUGACUGUGAGCGGAAAUAUUGUUUUGUGAGUGUUGAAUGAAGAGGAGACGGACUGCACAUGGACACAAGUGUCCUAAACCUCUUUUAAUUACCCAUGUUUUAUUUAUAACGCAUUUUUUGGAGGGCUCAGAUAUUGUUUUUACUUUUGAAAGGACAUUUCACAAUUUUUGCUCAUCUUGAAGCUCUUUCCUUUGUUGAAAGAACUGAGGAUUGAAUUUGAACAAUAUGUUUUAUAAAGCUUUUUGACAAGAGUACCAGCUACUUAUUUUGGAAAAAAAAAAAGUUUUUUCCUCUAUAUUUAUACAGAGUCUUGCUCACCUUAAGAAAGCCUGGUCGGAAUGCAGCAGCAAUGCACUCAUCCUCCUUUUUGCCUUUUUGUUUUAAACAUUACUGUUUGAGUAUUUGAGUUACCAUGGCAUGGCGUUCAGGAACGUGCAGUUGCUGUGAGAGGCUCAAUCAUGGCUGGAAUAAUUUCUUGCACAAACACUCAUCCAUUCUGUUCAUUCACUCACUUUUGUCGGUGUGAUCCUUGAGCUGCCGGACCCCUUUUCAACCAGAACGGCCUUCACGGUAGCAAAACAAGUAAACACAUUUUUGGAGUAUUUUUAAUUCUUUUUUUUUUUAAAACAUCCAUUCCAGCACUGGUAUACACAACAGUUUGAUGAAUUAACAAAGAAGAGACCAGACAGAGCUUCUGCUUUCGAUGAAUAAGGCCCAAGGCCAAAUACACUAACUACUGAAGGUUUUAUUUUUUUGGUGUGACUAAAUGGCUACUGAAAUGAAUUUGUUCAUCAGGUUCAAAAGCUACUGCCAUGUAGAUGCAGGUUAUAAUAGGUUGACAGAAACUCAUUGCAUAUCAUGAAGCCGUAUCUCUUUUAUCACUCACGGUUCUGUUUCUUUUGUUUUCUUCCUGUUAAGUCUGUGAAGGACCAAGGAACACUCCUACAAAUGCUCGGUCAUGUACUAUUAGAAACACUACAUCAUUGCGUGAAGAUGAAUAGGGUUAAGGGGAAAUGAACCGGUCUUCAGACUACCGUACGGUCUCAGAUAGUCAACGAUUCUUGAUCUAAUACUGUACUGAUCCGGCAGAUGCCAAAUCAGAAGGUGAGAUCUGAGUCAACGUUCGGUCGGUUUGUUAUUUUAAUUUUAUAAGCAUUUUCUUUUUGCUUUUAGGACCUGUUUUUAACACUCACCAGUACAGUUUUGUGAAAUGACAGAAUGUGAACUGAACUGCUGAUUUAAACCAAGAUCAUUUUUAUGUUGAUGUUUUGAGGUAUUUUUCAUUGUAUUUUUAUUUUUCAUUGAAGAAGACAAAGUGAGGAAUAAAUACACGACCAUAUGAACUGAACGAGAUUCGUUUAAA